CCUGCUCGGAAGGGCUGUGGCCGCCGAGCAGGACUCCCCACACACACCGCCCUCGGCCUCCGGGCUUCAGGCUCCCUCCCCUCAUCCCAGCAACCCUGCCUUGGCCAGUGGGCCCUACCGCCCCUGCCAGCUGCUCGGCCAGACCCUCAGGACCGGGACAGGGUGGAGGGCGGGCGCGCAGUGCAGCCAGAACCGCGCGCCCGAGCCCCCGCCGGUGCCGCCCCCACCCCUCCUGGGCCACGCGGGCCGAGCCUCAGGACGCCGGGGUCUGCUCAUUCCCCUCCCCUCCCCUUCCCUGCAAAAAGUGCCUCGUCACCGCUUCCGCCCGCCCCCGCCGGGCCGGGAGAUCUGGGGACGUGGGGCGGCGGGGCGCUUCCCGAAUACGUUUGGGACGCGGAACUGGAGGGGGCCUGAGGUCAGGGGGUCCCCGAAGGCGAGGGAAUCCGAGCCGGGCGAGGCCCGGGGUAAAGCCUUGGCGAACCUCCUGUGCGUGCCCGGCCAGUGGGCGUGGCGGGGCGGUGGCCGCUAGGCGGGGGCGGGGUCACACGCGUGUGGGCGGGGCCCGCGGCGGGCGGGGCUUCUCGCAGAUACAGCAGGCGGCGGGCCAAUGGGCGGGGCCGGGGCGGGGAGCAGAGGCGGGAGGGACGCUCCCCAGCCCCCGGAACGGAAUCCUCCCAGGAGCGGAGCUGGCUCGCGCGCGUGCAUCCCGCACCAUCCCCCGGCCCCGGGCCGGGCCCGCGUCAGACUGAGCUGCCGCCGCCGCCGCCACAGCAGCAGCCCUCGGGUGGCCGGGCCCAGCCGGGGCCGCGGGAGGCGGGGGCGCCCAGGCCCUGGAUGUCCCGCAGCGCGGCGGCCAGCGGCGGACCCAGGAGGCCUGAGCAGCAUCUGUCCCCAGCCCCUGGUGGGGCCCUGGGGCCCCCCGAAAUCUCCAGGACGGAGCCAGACGGGGCGGGCACCAUGAACAAGUUACGGCAGAGCCUGCGGCGGAGGAAGCCGGCCUACGUGCCCGAGGCGUCGCGGCCGCACCAGUGGCAGGCGGACGAGGACGCGGUGCGCAAGGGCACGUGCAGCUUCCCGGUCAGGUACCUGGGCCACGUGGAGGUGGAGGAGUCCCGGGGCAUGCACGUGUGUGAGGACGCCGUGAAGAAGCUGAAGGCGAUGGGCCGGAAGUCGGUGAAGUCUGUCCUGUGGGUGUCGGCGGACGGGCUGCGAGUGGUGGACGACAAGACCAAGGACCUGCUGGUGGACCAGACCAUUGAGAAAGUCUCCUUCUGCGCCCCUGACCGCAACCUGGACAAGGCUUUCUCCUACAUCUGCCGCGACGGCACCACGCGCCGCUGGAUCUGCCACUGCUUCCUGGCCCUCAAGGACUCGGGCGAGAGGCUGAGCCACGCCGUGGGCUGCGCGUUCGCCGCCUGCCUGGAGCGGAAACAGCGCCGGGAGAAGGAGUGCGGGGUCACGGCGGCCUUCGACGCCAGCCGCACCAGCUUCGCCCGGGAGGGCUCCUUCCGCCUGUCCGGGGGCGGGCGCGCGGCCGAGCGCGAGGCCCCCGACAAGAAGAAAGAGGCAGCAGCUGCCCCCACGGCGGCUCCCGGCCCUGCCCAGCCUGGGCACGUGUCCCCAACGCCAGCCACCACAUCCCCUGGUGAAAAGGGUGAGGCGGGCACCCCCGUGGCUGCCGGCACCACUGCGGCCGCCAUCCCCCGGCGCCACGCCCCGCUGGAGCAGCUGGUCCGCCAAGGCUCCUUCCGCGGGUUCCCAGCGCUCAGCCAGAAGAACUCGCCUUUCAAACGGCAGCUGAGCCUGCGGCUGAAUGAGCUGCCGUCCACUCUGCAGCGCCGCACUGACUUCCAGGUGAAGGGCACAGUGCCUGAGAUGGAGCCUCCGGGGGCCAGCGACAGCGACAGCAUCAACGCGCUGUGUACCCAGAUCAGCUCGUCUUUUGCCAGCGCGAGCGCACCAGCCCCAGCGCCGCCAUCCACUGCGACAGGCGCUUCUGCCUGGGGCGAGCCCUCCAUGCCCCCUGCAGCUACCUUCCAGCCCGGGCACAAGCGGACACCUUCAGAGGCCGAGCGGUGGCUGGAGGAAGUGUCCCAGGUGGCCAAGGCCCAGCAGCAGCAGCAGCAGCAGCAGGCGGCCGCGGCCCCCCUGCCCACCUUGCCCCCCGCCCUGCAGCCUUUCCCCGCCCCCGUGGGGCCCUUCGAUGCGGCGCCCGCUCAGGUGGCCGUGUUCCUGCCGCCCCCGCACAUGCAACCUCCCUUUGCGCCCGCCUACCCGGGCUUGGGCUACCCGCCCAUGCCCCGGGUGCCCGUGGUGGGCAUCACGCCCUCGCAGAUGGUAGCCAACGCCUUCUGCUCAGCCGCCCAGCUGCAGCCCCAGCCCGCCACCCUGCUCGGGAAAGCCGGCGCCUUCCCGCCCCCGGCCGCACCCAGCGUCCCCGGGGGCCAGGCCCGCCCCCGCCCCAGCGGGACCCCCUGGCCCCCAGAGCCAGCGCCCGCCCCAGCGCCCGCCUUGGACCCCUUCGAGGCCCAGUGGGCAGCGUUAGAAGGUAAACCCGCUGCAGAGAAGCCGUCCAACCCCUUCUCCGGCGACCUGCAGAAGACCUUCGAGAUCGAACUGUAGCCCGCCCCGCCCCGCGCCUCCCCCCAGCCCCGUGCCCCUCGCAAGCCCUGCGACCACCCCUGCAUCCACUACGGAACCAACGCCGCCACGGGGCCGCGCGACCCCUCCUCCACCCCAGCUACAGUCCCUGUUUCUGUGUCGACCUCUCACUUUCUAGCGCUGGGCCGGACAGCGGAGGGACGCCCACCGCGGGGCCCCCAGGUCUGGCCGCCUCCUCCCCCCACAGCACAAGCCAAGGGCGGCCCUCUGCCCGCAGCCGCGUUCACUGCCAGUGCUGUGCCCGGCCCUGCCCGGGCUCGGGGCUCAUGGGGUCCCAGGAGGCGGGGCGGGGAAGGGGAGGAAGAUGCUGUUACCUCACGUGGGUGCCCGCUGGGGAGGGGUCCGGGAGGCAGGGGAAGGGGUGCCUGGCGGGUACUUUUCUAUCUUUUAUUUCCAGAUUUUUUUUGUAUCUAAACUUGCAGAUUUGUAUUAUAUAAGGACAGCCAAUAAAGGAAGACUAUAACGGUG